AUGGCGACUGAUACGGCAAAAAUUGACGAAAUGUUUCGAAGAAUGCAGGAAAUUCCAAUCUGUCAAGAUCAUUGGAAGCUCGUGGGAAUGAGAUUAGAUCGCCUGAAGCAAACAUUAAAUCACACUGAACUGAGUGAGAAUGAGGAACGUUCACAGCAGUCUAUGAUGGAUUUAUUAGAAGUUAUUGAGAAAAUUAUUGUCCAUUGCCAUCAGAAUGACACUCAUCCAAAUGGUUUAACUUACGGCGAUUUAGAAUCCUUGUUAUUUCGAAUCCAAGAACGUCUAGCGCAAUAUGAAGCUGCGAAUACGAAUGAUUAUGAUCAAAAAAUUCAAAUAAUUAACGAUGCUUAUCAAGAGCGACAUACUCUCAUGCAAAAGACUGUUGACGAAACAUUGAAACAGCAACUGACCGCUAUUGAACAGAGUACGAAGGAGCAAACAAUAGCGCAACUUCGUCAAUUACGUGAAACGUAUGCUGCAAUCAUUGAAUCGUACUUGCGUCGCUGUAUUGAAAUGCAUCAAACUAUCUCUUUGACUGAUCUUACCGAUGAUACAGUGGCAGAAAUUGGUCAAUCAGUCUACCAAGCUACAUUUGACCAACAGAGUCAAUUAAAAAACAAUUGGCAAACAUUUCGAAUUCCCCUUCACAAUCCGCGUCUUCAAUUCAAACCCGAUGGAUAUACAACAAUUGAACGAAACGAGAUCCAAGCACAGAAAGAAACUUUCAAAAGCCUAUGGCAAAGUUUAGCGUGGACAGCUAUAGAAAACACCGUCAAGGAAGAAGAGAUUAUUCGAAGCAAACGAUGGGUUGCUAUUUUAGGUGAACCAGGUAGUGGCAAGACGAGUUUCGUUCGACGACUUGUCCGUCAUCUCGCUGAAACAUACCUUGCCAAUGAAAAACACGCAUCCGACUACGGUCUUCUUCGUAUUCCUAUCUUAAUUCAUCUUGAAGAAUUCGUUGAAAUCGUUAAUAUGCAACCGACACUUACACUUUUCGAUUAUAUCGGAAAACAUAAAUGGAUGAAGUGCUUCAUCGUCAAUGACUCAUCGAUUUCAACGGACGAUCUAUCAUCAGCAUUGCAAGAUUAUAUCAAACACGGCCAAGCGUUGAUCAUACUCGACGGUUUGGACGAAAUUCCAGAGCCCGAUCAACGGUCAAAGAUCAUCCGCAUGAUCGAAAACUUCGUGGAUACAUAUGCUCAAAUACCGACAGGUGCCUCAGCUCUGGAUAAUAUUCAGCUUACUCGUUUAUUCGAUGAUCCAUCUCGAUCAGGAGGUAAUCAAUUGAUUGUAACAAGUCGCACCACUGAAUGCGACGCUACAUUAUUACCCGGACAGUUUGCUCAUUAUACCAUUCAGCCAUUGAAACUCAACCAGAUAGAAGAAUUUAUUGACUAUUGGUUUUCUUCUAUGCAUCAGUAUAUAAUUGAUACAUUACGGCUGACUACCGAGAAUCGAGGAAAUGCUCAUGGAGAAGUGCUAAAAGAAGAACUGAAGAAAUCUGAGAAUACUAAUCUUCUUGCUGUGGCAUCGAACUGCAGUUUACUAGCAACACUUUGCACAAUAUCUUUCAAUCAACAAAAUAAAUCCGCCUUACCUCUUCAACGCAUUCUCCUCUAUGAAAAGCUUACCCAUGUGACGCUACUCUCAUGGAACAGUAAACGAUCCAUAGUUCUCAUGCCGGAAUUGAUACGAAUACUGAGUGACAUUGCUUAUGCUAUUCAUCAACGUGGAACAUUGAAGUAUAUUUCCAAGGAAGAAAUCAUCGAAAUUUGUAGUCGAUCAGUCCAACAAUCAUCUGGUAGAGCUCGUGACGAAAUCGAAAGUCAAAUAUCUCAAUUAACACAUAUCAUCCUCGAAUAUAUUGGCUUUCUGAUUCCUCAAAACGGUUCCUCAUAUGCUUUUCCAAACCAAAUAUUUCAAGAAUACUUUACUUCUCAAAAGUUCAUCAAUAUCAGAAGAACAGAGCCAGAUCAAUCCGACGCUGAUACAUUUGAUCGACACAGUGACUUUUCAGUAACUGCUGAAUUAUUCCAUAAACAUGUCCAAGAUCCACAUUUUCGCACUCCAAUCGGACUUGCACUUGGUAAAAUAAGUUCGAUGUGGUUUGCCGAAGAAUUCAACGAACUUUGUCGCAUAUUUCUACCCAAUGACCACGGAAUUGAUUCGCUGUGCACUCUUGUCGGUUCUUUCAAUGAACUUCUAAAUUACCCAUCAGACGAAAUUAUGUUCGAUCUCUUCGAUCGUCUAUUGAUCGUUUCCAGUAAACAUCGCUGGUCUAACGUAUGUCCAUUUCUUGAUGAUCAUAUUAUCAAAAUGUUGAAAAGAUUAAGCAAAGAAAGUGUCAUAUCAUGGGUUAAUCGAUUUCUGUCUCGAUGUUCUUCUAACGAUAUUCAGCUGGUAUCUACUUUUUGUCAUCUCAUCGAAGGCAAAGCGCACGAAUUUGAAAAUAUCCAAUGGUUAGAUCAAGCUGCAUGUUCGAUACUUCAAUCUAUGUCGAAAUUUGAUAACGAAAUGAAUCAGUUUGCUAUCGAUCGUCUUCUGAUUAAAGUUGCCUUUUCCAAUCCUAAGCUACUGCCUGUUCGUUCAAAUACUUUCAAAGAAUUUCUUCUAAAUCAAACAAUCGAACUAACUGAAAUUCCGACGCUGUUAUUACCUUUAAUCAUAACUUUAUACGGCGGUUUAAAACGAGAUAAUCAAACUGUAACAUUCGAUUCUUUUCAUAUCCACCGUGAAUCAGCGAUUAUGACUCCUAUGCUUGUACGAUCUCUUUCCGCAGACAAUCGAUCGAAACAGGAUCCAAUGAUAAAACUCAAACAAGAAAUUAUCCAAACAUUUCUAUCUCAUAUAAAAAAACAUGACGAAUCGGAUGAGAUGAUCGACCUCUGUAUCGCGACAUUAUGCGUUUGUGACAUCGAAUAUGUCAAAAACAAUCACGAUAUUAUUCCCUUUUCUUUAUUGAAAAUGACCAUUGAUCGUUUGAAAUACAUCUCGAUGAUUUUACGUCAAUUUUACUUUCCAAGUGACGAGAAUGAUCGUUCAGUUGAAAACCAAAUCAGUCAGUUGAUUGCUACCGCUAUCGAUAAGUUUCACUACGGUGAUUCAAGUCGUAUCCAAUUUCUUGACUUUUUACAUUUAUUAAAAAGUGAUAUGGCACGUUUACGGUCUUCGUCGUCGUCAGCUCUAUUAGAUGGUAGAUCAAAUGUUUCCCGCCGAAUUACGCUUACUUUGCCCAAUAAUUUCAAAAAAGGAGAGAAUUUAUUCGCCAGCAUCUUAUUAACAGAUACACGAUUUGAUGGUUAUCGACAAUCAUGCUCAUUACUUCCUAGAUUUCUAAGUUUAUUUCAUACAUUCGAAAUUGAUCAGGAUUUCGAUACAGUAUAUCAAACUGCAGUCGCUAUGGACACAGUACCCGAGUAUAUAUUUUUUCGAAAUGAUCGAGAUCUGUUUAGUUCGUUAGCAUACACUCCUUCGCAUUUACAAAAUCUCUAUCUUCGCCUCUUAAAACAAAAAUUCAUCUCAAUCAACCCGAACGAUUUGCCCAACAUUAAUAAACAACAUCUAUAUUUCGGUCAUAUAUUAACAGAAUGCCUGAUGUAUUUGUCAAAUGCGUCGUGUAACCGGCUCUCACUUUAUACUUCUUUGCUAGCGUUAUUACCAUGGCUUCGGAUACAACAAUUAGAUAUCUUCGGUAGCAGUUUACAAUGGACAGUAUCGACGAAAGACUCUACCUAUUUAGGAGGCUAUGAGUUGACAAGACAACAUCCAAUGAAUAAUAUCACUGGGAGAUAUACUGGUAAAAGACGGGGUUAUUAUGUUGACGCAGAUGUCACAGAUGAACAAAGAAGAGCCGUGAUUGACGAAUAUAUCAAAGAAGAAUGUCAACGAUUUCAGAACGCGAAAUCUACCAACACAGGAGAUAGCAUGCAGUUAUAUGCAUCAGCAAUUACUUUGGCAUGUAUUUGCCGUUGGACGGAUGAAGAGCGAAGACAAAGUCUAUUUGAAGACAGUAUACAUGGAGCUAUGUUGAUUACAAACAAACUUACACGUCUGGAUGCUUUAUGUGUCAUUGCAUUCUAUUCAAACUCUAGUCAAAUACUGAUCAAUACUGGUCGAACACUUCUAGAGGAGAUUGAACAUCAGCUGAAUGAGAGUUAUCCUACACUACCUUUACUAUUACAUGCAACUAUAUUUCUUCGAUGUUUACCAUUGCUUCAACAUCAACAGACAAUUGAUAAAUGUCUCGAGAAUCUGUAUAGUAAAUUUGGUGAUACAGAUCUACGAGAUCGACAAGCUGUUAACGAAGCUCUGUUACCAUACAUACUCUCGACUAACACAUUCUCUUCUGUAAAGAAAUUUUUUCCAUACGACGCAACUAAUGAAACUACUACGAUCACUACCAAAUCACCUAUUGUGCGAAAAUAUUUGACUGUACUUGCGGAUGACAACUUAUCUUCUUCAGUACUGAUGUCAAACUUGUAUCUUCUACAGUUAACACACGAUUUAUACGAAUGUUUGAAAGUCAGCGAACAAUCCCUUAAUAUUGAUGAGUUAUUAAUAACAUUUCCAUUGCAUUUUAAUGGACCAACUUUAACUGAAGCAGAAGCUUUAAUACUGACUAAUUUUCUUCACUUUGCUGCGUCAACAGAACAGUCUGGCUCACUCGGAAAAGUUCUUGUCAUUCUCGACAACGCUUUACAUCGCAUGAGCUUUAUAGAAUUCAAAGCACGUACCCUAUUAGAAUCAUGGUUAAAAUGGAAGGACUCAAACGAAUUCUGUUCGUUUGCUUAUCAUGCUGCACUGCUACUUGCUAACUCUGAGCUUUGGUCUGUUAAUGUUGCUACAAUUUUAUGCGAUUUAUUAUGCUGCGAAAGCGACCGCUUUCGUCAGCGAACUCACGUAAUUCUACAGUCGCAUGGAGAUGAUGUAAAUUGGACAACUUCCAAAUUAGGUUUCAACGUUGUCUUAACUUUAGCUGAAAGAGAAGCUAAUUACCGAAAGACAUCAGCAGCGUUCAAACUUAUUCUAUAUCGAUUUCUUGGAAAUAUAAUUAUAGAUAAUCAAUCACAUUUAGAAACACUUCUUUGGAUGGAAAGAUACAGAAUUCAUGCUUUGAAUAACGAAGAUUAUUGUUUAAGUAAUUCACGACCAUGGAAAAACAUGCAUCUCACUUCGUGCUUAUCAAAUAAUGUCACAUCACAUGCAUACUCUUUUAUUAAUUUAUUAAAACUAUCUGGUGACUCAUGCGUUUAUGUGUGCGAUAUGAUUGCGUCCAACUUCUUCUCUUUCUCAGAUAUCGAUGGUGACACAUCAUCAGAUAGCGUUGUGCAGAGUCACAAUCAGUUUGUUAUUUCAGUGAUUAUCAGAUUAUUCAAUGAAUUCAAUAACACUGAGGAAACACGACAAACGGCUAUCGAAGCCUUAACAGACUUAUUUACAAUGUCUGGUAACGACGAGAUCCGUAUAGCUAUAGCGUAUGCACUCGGCUAUAUGUGUAAUAGAGCAACAUACAGAAGUCUCUUCGAAAAAAUACAAGAGAUAUUAUGUGAUUUAAACAGCGAUACUCCGAUGUAUUCCAAUGCAGUCCUAAUUGCAUUUAUUUCCAGUUACACGUACUGUAUCGCAGUGCAUGGAAUUGCCUUUGAUCAAAAUGACAUCGAUCUAUUCAGUAUUUUGCUUCAACAUACUUCACAGGAUAUCGUGAAAGCUGCCCGUAAUGGUUUUGGACGUGCAAUAAAAGAAACAUCAUUUCUGUGCGAAACGCUUGGUUCCAAUCCUCUUCAAUGUUAUCAUGCACUAAUCGAAGCGACAGCAUAUCUAUUCAUCUAUGACGUACAACAGAACAGUGAGAUUGCUGUCGCUGACUUCGUUGAGCAAUAUCCGACUCUUCUGCCUAUAUUUAAUAUGGAACUCUACAACAGCAUUCGUCACUUCACAGAUCAAGUUAUACCACUAGGCGGUGUCAAAUAUAUUUUAGCAUAUGGGUGUCCUCAAUACGUAAAGGUUGCCAGUCUGAUCGCUGUUAAAAUGCCAGAAACAUUUUGCACUUCUGUUAAACAGUUCAAGCAUGGAGAUGAUCUCAAACGUGCCAUAUAUUAUACAAGUAAACAGCACAAUUUUCCACAACGUGCUGCUUGUCUAACUAUCCUAUCUGUAUUCGGAGAGUUAACAAUCGAACUAUGUGAAAUGAUGAUUCGAGCAUUGUUUGACGAUCCGCAUCUGCAAAAUACAUGUUACAAUUGUAUAACACGCAUUCACACUGUGAAAGAUGAGAAAGCUGUCACAGAUUAUUUAUAUUCACAUUUAAAAUCGAAGUCGAUGAAUGUCCGCUAUCUUGUAGCAAUGAUUCUACUCUAUCUGGUUCAAUCUUCUCUACUACCAUAUGAACAAGUUCGAAGUGUCCUUUCUGAGGUAAUGUUAGAUCCAAGUUCCAAUGAAGAUCUUUGGCUGAUCGAAGACGAUGAUGCUGUCUUCGCGUCUUGUGCUUAUCACUAUACCGGUCAAUUAAAAGACGUGAUUUACUUGCUUCUUAUUCAACAUUCGACAGGAAAUAAAACUGAUAUUGUUCCACAAAAAGAAUUGAAUGACAUCGAGUCGGAUUUUGUUCGAGCGCAAAGAGCAUCACGUCUCGCUUCCUGUCUCUACGGAAAACAAGCUGAAAAUAAAACCAAGAAACCAUCGUCCCUGUCAUCAGUAAACAGCAUCACGAGUGACGAAGAAGAAAAACCUUCGGAUCUUUCUGUGAUGAGUGACAAUGACGAUGAUGAUGAUGAUGAAUAG